AUGGAACAUAUUAAGAAUACCUUUGCGCAAUGCAAGGCAGACGGUCGCCCGGCCCUAGUGACCUACGUCACGGCCGGGUUCCCAACCGCCCACGAAACAGUAGAUAUCAUGUUAGGCAUGGAGGCUGGAGGCGCUGAUAUCAUCGAACUCGGUCUCCCGUUCACAGAUCCCAUUGCUGACGGGCCUACGAUCCAAAGGUCCAACCUCCAGGCUUUGGAUAAUGGCGUCACGGUCUCGUCUAUGUUGCAGAUGGUGAAAGAUGCGCGGGCGAAAGGCCUUCGAACUCCGGUUCUCUUUAUGGGAUAUUUCAAUCCGAUUCUGAAGUACGGGGAAGCGAAACUACUGCAGCAUUGUCGCGAUGCUGGCGUCAGCGGGUUCAUUAUUGUGGAUUUGCCGCCUGAGGAGGCGGUUCGGUUCCGGAAUAGUUGUGCGGGAGCUGGCCUGUCAUAUGUUCCUCUGAUCGCACCGUCUACGCCUGAGCCGAGAAUGAGAACGCUCUGCUCCAUCGCGGACUCGUUCAUCUACCUAGUCUCGAGAAUGGGCGUCACGGGCGCCACGGGAUCAUUGAGCACGAACUUACCCGAGUUGAUGCAGAAGGUAAAGGAUCUGUCAGGAAACGUCCCCAUCGCUGUCGGAUUCGGGAUCAGUACGCGCGAGCACUUCCAAAGCGUCACGUCCAUCGCCGACGGCGCUGUCAUCGGCAGCGAGAUCAUAACGCAACUCUCGAACGCGCCCGCUGGACAAGGAGCGCAGCUCAUCCAGGAGUAUUGUUCGGGAAUCACCGGACGGAAUGUUUCGAGAUCGAAUGCGACUGCCCAAAUCCCAGAGUUCAAGACCCCAACAGCCACUCAGGAGAGCGCACAAGACGAAACCCCCAUCACCGACACGGCGGGCCGUUUCGGCGAUUUCGGCGGCCAAUAUAUUCCUGAGGCGUUGACGAAAUGUAUCAGCGAGCUCGAAGCCGGGUUUAACGACGCCGUCAACGAUCCGGCCUUCUGGGAAGAAUACCGCGCAUUCUAUCCCUUCAUGGGGCGGCCGUCGAGUCUACAUCUCGCGAACCGGUUGAGCGACUACGCCGGGGGAGCGAAUAUUUGGCUGAAGCGGGAAGAUCUGAAUCAUACAGGCUCACACAAGAUUAACAACGCGAUCGGCCAGAUCCUCGUCGCUCGUCGACUGGGCAAGACGGAGAUCAUCGCGGAGACCGGGGCAGGGCAGCACGGCGUUGCAACGGCCACGGUCUGCGCGAAGCUAGGCAUGAAAUGUACGAUUUACAUGGGCGCUGAGGAUGUCCGACGACAGGCGCUCAAUGUCUUCCGGAUCCGCUUGCUCGGCGGCGAGGUGAUCCCCGUGGAGGCAGGAUCGCGCACCCUCCGCGACGCUGUCAACGAGGCGUUCCGGGCGUGGAUCGUCCGGCUAGAUACAACGCACUACAUCAUCGGGUCGCCGAUCGGGCCGCACCCGUUCCCGACGAUGGUGAGAACCUUCCAGUCGGUGAUCGGCAAGGAGACGAGAGAGCAGUUGAGCCGGGAGAUUGGAAAGCUGCCUGAUGCGCUGGUCGCGUGUGUCGGUGGCGGAUCGAACGCUGCGGGCAUGUUCUACCCUUUCUCCGACGACCCGUCGGUUGAGUUAUUUGGCGUCGAGGCGGGCGGGGAUGGCAAGGAGAAACAUUCUUCGACGUUGAAUAAUGGCACGAUUGGUGUUCUGCACGGCGUGAAGACGUAUGUGCUUCAGAACGAACAUGGGCAGAUCUCUGAGACGCAUUCGGUGUCCGCGGGAUUGGAUUAUCCUGGCGUUGGACCUGAAUUGGCGAGCUGGAAGUAUGCGAAUAGGGCGACGUUCAUGGCUGCGACGGAUGCUAAUGCGUUUGAGGGGUUCCGGCUGUUGUCUCAGCUGGAGGGUAUUAUCCCAGCGUUGGAGUCCUCGCAUGCGGUCUGGGGAGUGGUUCAGGUUGCGCGUCAGCUGGGCAAGGGGAAAGAUGUCGUGCUGUGCUUGAGUGGACGAGGCGAUAAGGACGUGCAGACGGUGGCCGAGGAAUUGCCGCGGUUGGGACCUCAGAUCGGCUGGGAUUUGCGAUUUUAG